CAUCACGAAACCAUAGCACUGUUAUUGAGCACCCAGUCAACAUUCGUUCCAUUAACUCGUGUGAAUUUAUCUAUGGGAGCGAUUUUAAUACUUGACCUGUAUGAAUUAAUGACAUUUCGUAUUGUAUUAAUUAUUAAUAAGUAGUUUUUUCAUGUACUGUAAAUGAUUAGUCAUUAUGAUAUAUUAAAUAAUUUAUUUGAACACAUUAAGUAAUUGAAAGUUUAUGCAAAUUGUGCGAGUUUAGAAAUUAUAUAGGUUGCACUAUGGCGGAAAAUCAAGAAAGAGAUUCGAGGGAACAGCCUAGAGGUGCUGAUGCAUUAAUGCAACAUGUCGCCGCACACAAAGUAGAUGUAGGGUUAUGGACUAUUCGUUUACUAACGAUUAUUUUCACGAUUGGAUAUAUAAUACCCAUUUUCAGGUUUGUUUUUAUUGAAGUAAUAUUUUGUACAACACUCUUUAAAUAUUUAUUUUAUAGUUCAGCUGAAAGUUCGUACUAUAAAGCAAUAUUAGCUAAUGCUGCCACAAGUGCAUUAAGGUUACAUCAGCGAUUGCCAAGAGUUUCAAUCAGCAGACAGUUUUUAGCUCAAUUAUUUUUGGAGGAUUCCUGCCAUUAUCUUUUAUUCUCUCUAAUAUUUUUAUAUGUAAGUCCGGUGCUACUUGUGUUAUUACCAAUUGUAUUGUUUGCUGCGCUGCAUUCGGCUAGCUACUCAUUAACUCUUCUUGAUACUUUAGGCCAAAAUUCAUGGUGGGGAGCACGUUUAAUGAUAUCUCUUAUUGAGUUUCAAUCAAGGAAUAUUUUGAGACUCGCAAGUUUUUCAGAAAUUAUGAUUAUGCCCUUGACUGUUAUUCUUAUAUUUUUUGGAAGAGCUAGUCUUUUUACGCCGUUGAUGUAUUACCAUUUCUUAACGCUGCGAUAUGCUUCAAGGCGUAAUCCUUACACACGUAAUAUGUUUUACGAAUUGAGAUUGUCUGUGGAGUCAAUAGCUGCCAAACCAACAGUUCCUGAUUUUGUUCGAAAUGCUAUUUACACCGGAGUUACAAUGGUUUCGCGAUUAGCUCCAGUUGAACAACCUGUGCAGUGAACGCUAAUAAUGUUCUAACAUAUUUUUUUGAGCAACUAAUUAUUCACAUUUAAGGAUUUUACUUCAAUAAAAUUGUUGACUGCUUGGUAGCAAAUUAUUGAUGAUGCCGGGUAAUAGCUGUAUUAAUUAAUUAUAAUAAUGUCAUUGUAUAGGUAUAAUUUUGGGUAAUAUAUAAAUUA